GGCCGGCUCCGCUCCAGAGAGGCCCGGGCGCGGCGCGGCGGCGGAGCGCGGCGGAGGGGGCGGCGCGGAGCCGCUGUGCGCCCGCAGCCCGCAGCGCAUGCCCGGCCGCGCGGGGUAGCGGCGGCGGGAGCGCCGUCCAUGCGGGGCGAGAGGUGCAGCGGGGCCGCGGCAGCAUGAGCCAGAGCGACGUGUCGCCGUGCGCGGCGCCGCCCAGCCAGCGCGUCUUCCAGGAGGCCGUGCGGCGCGGCAACACCAAGGAGCUGCAGUCGCUGCUGCAGAACAUGACGAACUGCGAGUUCAACGUGAACUCCUUCGGGCCCGAGGGGCAGACGGCGCUGCACCAGUCCGUCAUCGACGGCAACCUGGAGCUCGUCAAGCUGCUCGUCAAGUUCGGCGCCGACAUCCGCCUGGCCAACCGCGACGGCUGGAGCGCGCUGCACAUCGCCGCCUUCGGGGGCCACCAGGACAUCGUGCUCUACCUGAUCACCAAGGCCAAAUACUCCGCCGGCGCGCGGUGAUGCGGGGCCGCCCCCCGACGCGUCGAAGCUGCUCGGACUGCGCGCUCCGUGGUUCCGCCCCGCCGAGACGCACCGCCGCUCACCCGCUUCCGAGUUCGUUGUUUGAUUCGGUUUGGUUUUCCUUCCGAGGGUUGUUUUCCUACUGUAAUUUUUUUUUUUCCAUCUACCUCGGCUGCACUCACAGUAUUCACGGUUUCAGUUUGACGUCUGCUCAGAUGCUUUAAAACUCUCCCACCUCCCGGUGAUAUUUAAUCCUUCCCCCGACCCCUCACCCGUCCCUCGGUUUUAAAGCACUCUGCCGCAGAACGAGUUCAUUUCAACACUCCCACCCCCUCCCCGUCCCCCCGGGGCUGUGCCCGGCGCUGUAGCAGUGCAGGUGCCCCGGCCCGGCGGCUCCCGGCCUGAUCUCCUCCUGCUCGUCUUUUUUUUUUUUUGGUUUUUAAUUUUUUUUCCUGAGGUAACUCCAUUGGAUAUGACAGACGUUUUUGUGGGUUUUUUUUUUCCCUUUUACGUUGGUUUUUUUUCCGUUUUCUUUUUUUUUUUUUCUUUGGGGGUAUCCGAAGAAAGUCUGCAUCCUCAGCCGGUCCUUGAAUCCAUUUAGCACACGUGAGACCACAGGAAAAGACAUUGAAUCCUUCCUCCUGGCGUCGUGUGUGUGUGAGGGGAGAGGGAGGGGAUCAGUAAAUCCUGAACUUAUUUUUUAAUUAAAAAAAAAUUAAAAAGGAAAAAAAAAUAGGUGAAAUAAACUGUAAUAAGAGGCAGAGGAUUUGCUUUGCACAGAAGAGGGGCGCGAGCGCUCUCUGCUGCCUCGAGAGGUGCCUGAAAACUACUGAGAAAUAGUUUGGGAACUUUGGUUGUUCUUUUGGUGAAACUUGGAUAACACUUCUCAAUGCAGAACGAUCCCUUUGUGCGUAGAGCCCGCCCGCCUUUUAUAUGGUGUGUGUGUGUGUAUAUAUGUGUCCGAACCGAGAUAUAUAUAUUUAUAAAGGAAAGGGAGGGGGAGGAGCGAGCCGCCCCGAUCGCAUUUUGAAGUGACUGCACGUAUAAUGGCAAUGCUGCUUUUAUUGCUAUGGCACAAAAGCGUCCAUUUGGAAAAUGCGGAACGUUUCAGAAGCCCCUCCGCCCCCCCCCACCCCCCCCCAUCCCUCUUCUGUCCGUCUGCACUAAAACAACCACUGCCGCCCCGCCCUCGCUCCCCUCCCCCAAACCGUUGCGAUUAAAAAGGAAAAAAGGAAAAAAGAAAAAGAAAAUAGUUACCUGCUGGUUUUUGGGGCCGUGUUGAAACUAUUUAUCAUGUCUGUAUAUAUGUGGGUGACGUUUGUGAGCCUGCUCUUGUUGGAUGCUGGCGGUGAGUGUUUCAAAUUUUGGGGGAAAUACACUUUUUUUCUGCCCCUCUUCAUCCCCCCCAGCCUUACCAUGUGUACAACUCGGAGUCUGCCGCUGUUAUUUCCCGUUGCACUGAGCGUUCUGCUUUGUCUCGUGGUUCCACCUGCAGUCCGUGUGGUUGGAGGCGCAGCGCUGCGCACCCGACGGGAGGCGGAGGAGUGCCGAUACCCUCCGGGUCUGUGCAGCGCCGGCUCCGCUCCCCGGGGUGGGAACAAUACCUUUCCCAGUGAGGUCGUAUUGCCGUUACCGGAUGGUUGCACAUCUUAUUUUAUUUUUUAAUUGUUUUCUUUCUUUUUUUUUUUUUUCCUAAAUGGAUUUGCCACGAUGGAAAUGUCAUAACAUUUAUGACAUGAUAUUAAAAAAAAAAAAGUGUACUUUAAAGCCAAGUUCUAGAUGGAUUUUUAAAAAGAAAUCUUGGUUAUAAACCCGGUCUAAAGGGAGCUGUGUCCAGUGUUGUAAAGACAACGUGAUGUAACCCAUAUUUAUAUUUUUAUAAAAUACCUAUUGAGACUGUGAAUCUCCUGUGUGAAUCGCUGAGUGAGCUGAAGAAAAGUAUUGUUCCUUUCCAGCUUCCUGGAGCUGUGGAUGCGCUGAGAUUUUGGAAAUUGUACGCCGGGGGGGUGGGGGGGGGUUGCUCUGAAAUUGUGAGUUGAUGUAUUUUUACAUCCCUGUGUAUUUUACUGAAAAGCUGCUGCCCUCCCCCGUCCCUCCAGUUCCAAUGUUCUAUGCAACCCCCGCGCCCCCCACCUCUCUCCAUCCUGAGAAGUGAAAGGGAUGCAGAUCGAUUCAGAUAUAGAAAUGAGGGCCCCCCCGCUCCCCCACCCCCCGCAUUGGCUCAUAGUGCUGCUGACCCUCGUGCCGAAACGGGGGGUACACGACAGGCAGGAGGGGGGGGCCCUCCGUGCGUGGCUGCUCACCUGACGGCGGUCGUCUUCUUAAUUAUUAUUAUUAUUUUUGUAAGAAGAAUAUAUUGAUAAUGUCAGUGGAAUAAGCAGACAUUGAAGCUGAUGCACAGAUUGCUCCAGAAAGGAGUUUUUCUGUAGGUUUUUCUUUAGAUGCGAAUACCUUUUUUAAUUAUGUUAAUUAAUGUUAAGAAUUUUUAGGCUUAUAUUGAAGCUGUAUGUGGGUCACUAUAUGAUCAUUUCUAACUGGAUAAAGUCUGUACAGUACAGCAUAUUCCUGAGUGUAUGAUAUAGACGUGUAGCCCCAGAGUGCGAAAUUUAUAAAUAAAUUUUUCAUUGAUCUUUUUAUAAAAAAAAAAAAUAAUAAUAUUAAAA